AUGCCCAACACAGGUCACAUCCUCCAAGUCGUUCAUGCCGCCAACGCGGGUCCCGCGGGCGAUUGGCUGCGGCGACGCUGCGGCGUCUUGGCGCAUCUGAGCUUCAGCAGCUUGGUGGCGGCGCUCAUGGCGCAGGAGCCUGAAUGCAGCGACGCCAUUUGGAUCACCAAUGAACACUUGAACGAGGAAGCCAUCGGCAGCAUCCUGGAGACCGUCGCCGUGGCCAUGGCAUUGCUGGUGCGCGUGGGACAAGCCACGCGCUCUGCGGAGAAGCUGCUGGAGCUGCAGACGGCCAUGGCGGCCAAGGAGUCCAAUGUGGCUAUCGCUUUGAAAGCCUCCAGCCUUGGGGAGGAGCUCAUGGCCCAACGGCACCAUGCCAGGUGCGUCGAGUCUUCUUCGACCAUACGAUUCGAUCCACGGCUCUUGACCUUUGAAUUUCUCUUCGACAUCGUGUUGCGCCAAGCCCAGGUUGAGCUACUCGGCACCUUUCUGAAGAGUGCCAAGAAUGGAAAGGCCAUGUGUCAUCAGAUGAUUAUGGGAGACGGUAAGACCACCGUCAUAGCGCCGCUGCUGGCAUUGGUCCUGGCCGAUGGACAAUCCUUGGUCUGCGCCUGCAUGCCAUCAGCCCUGCUGGAGAUGUCACGGGCCGUGCUUGCAAGGUGCUUCUCGUCUCCGGUGGCUCCGAAAGCGGUGAUGACCUUCAAAUUUGGCAGGUCGUCCCAUGCAGAUCAGGCGCUCUAUGACAAGCUGGAGGCGGCACGUUGCAGUCGUGCAGUGGCGGUGGCAGAUCCUACGUCCUUGAAGUCCUUGCUGCUGGGGCUGCUGCAGCUGUUGAGCCAAAUGGAGAGGUCUGGCUCCAGGAGCAGCUGGUGGCACAAAGACGACGAUCGAAAGGACCAGUCCCUCUCCGAGGCCAAGAUUUGUUCCGCGGUGCUGCGGAUGUUCCAUCGAGGAGUGCUUUUGCUGGAUGAGGUGGACCUGUUGUUGUAUCCUCUGAAGAGUGAGUUGAAUUGGCCCAUGGGAGCGAAACGCGCCAUCGAUUUGAUCGAGCCCAGCAGCGAGGGCAGCCACGAGCUCUUGCGCUUGGAACGCACGGCCUGCCUCCGUGGCAAACUGCCCUUCCACCUGCUGGAUGCAAUCGCCUUAGCCACCGCCCUGGCCGAGGGUGAGGGCCUUGACCCGGUGGAACAGGUGAAGGAACAGAUGGCAGUGCCCUUUGCGGAUCGACAGGACGCGGUGCGCUGCGUGCUGCACCUGGCGGAGAAGCUGCGCAGCGGCCACGAGGCGCGGCAGGUGCGGCUGAUGCCGCAUCUGGUGCUGCAGUCGCAGAGUUUCUACGAAGUGAGCAUCUUGCCGCAGCUGGCGCAUUGGAUGGCCUUCUUUUUGGAAGCCCAUGGUUCCAGUCUGGGGCUGAGCUUUUCGGAGUUGCGGCAAGUGCUGCAGCGGCCCAACGGUGCCGGGAUCGCCUUGAGGAAAUCCGGGAAAUCCGCUGGCGCAGUGGGGCAGCUGUUCAACUUGGCCCUUCGGUGGCUACACUCGCUGCUGCCCUUCCUGUUGAAGAAGGUCCAUCGCGUGUCGUAUGGAUUGCUCUCCAACGAGCAGUUGGCCGCCGACAAGACAGGACCACCUUCGCGAGCGUUGCUGGCCGUGCCCUUUGUGGGCAAGGACCAACCAAGCGAACAUGCCGAGUUUUCCCAUCCAGACGUCGCCAUCGGUUUCAGCAUCAUGGCGUACCGCCUGCAGGGCCUCCGAAGCAGCGAUCUGCUGCUGCUGAUUACGGCUUUGCAGACAGAGAUGCGGAUCCAGAGUGGGGUGCCCUUCCAUCGAAGAAUGGCCAAUCGAGCCUUUGUGAAGAUCGUCAUCAAGGCCGGUGGCCGCGUCCGUGGCUUCUCCUUGGAAGGGCAUUGGCUGGGGGAUUCCUCCAAGAUCCUGCUGGACCACGAGCGGAAGAACGUCCUGCCACUGGAAGCCCUGGACACCAAAGAUGUGGAGCCUGGGACGGUGGUGGGACCAUGGGGCGAUGAUCGUAUCCUUUUUGGUAAUGAUCACAGCUUACAUGGCCCAGCUUACGUUUUGGGUGCUGUUUACUGGACCAAAUUUGCCGCACAAAAAGCAGGUCGAGUCUUCCCAUUGAUCAGCUCCCAGGAACAGAUGACUCAGCUGUGGGAACUUCUGAAGUCGGACCCUUCAGCCGUGGAGCACUUCCUGCUGACGGUUUUGCAGCCGGGCGUGGGCACCGUUGACAUGAGCGAUCAUCAGCUGUCAGCCACGGGCCAGGACUUGGCCGGUGAACAGCUCUUUGGGCUUUGCCUCGGCUUCAGCGGGACGCCCAACGACCUGCUUCCGAGACGUCUUGGGAACUGCCAAUAUGCCGAGGGAGUGGACGGUCGAAUUCUCAGCACGCUCUGCAGUUCUGCCGUAGUGGAUGUGCAGGACACUGGAGCGGAUUGGACGCCGAACACUUUGUUGGAUCUCACAGCCGGCAGCGGCUACAACGCCUUCAUCGAUGUGGGCGCCUUGAUCACGGGAAUGAGCAACCGCGAAUCUGCGGAGUAUCUGCUCCGGGCGGGGCUGAAGAACUUCAAAGGGGUGGUGUUUUUGAACCCCGACGGUGAACGCUUGGUGCUGCUGCGCGACGGCUGGCAGGUGGUGGAUCUUGCGCAGUGUGGCUUAUCCCCCAACGAGCGCUUCUCCUUCUACGACCACGUGCACACCACUGGGAUGGAUAUCAAACAACCACCGGGCGCCAGAGCGAUGUUGACGAUGAACAAGGACACCUCUCUGCGCGACUUCGCGCAGGGCGCCUUUCGCAUGCGACAGCUGGGCAAAGGUCAAACGGUGACCAUCUUGGCGACGCCUGAGGUGAGUCAACUCGUGGAGCAGUGCCAGAACGCCUGCCAUGUGGCGCAGCGCGCCAGCAGCCGUGGACGGAGCAACUCAGUGACCUUGGACCAUUUCCUGGAAGAUCCCAGCUCACCGAAGUCCUCCCAAAAAACGACGCGGGUCGUGAGCACCUUGCUGUGGACGACGGCCAAUGGCAUUCGUCAGGAAUGUCGGAAGCAGAGCCUGUUAUGCCAGCACAACUUCCAAGACAUUUGGCGACGCAAAGCACGUGCCAAGUUGGAAGCGCUGACCUUUGAUCCACAGCAACAGGCGGCCCUGGCAGAUCUCUUAAGUCAUCCGCAAUCUGCAGCGCUGGCGGAAGCGGUGGAUCUACCCCUCCGAAGGGAGAAAAACAGCGGGCUUCAUGAGAGGCUGCAGUUAGAGCUGAAGAAUCGCAAGGCCACGCCCCAGGAGCAGGCAGAAGCCCAGGAGGUUUUGAGCGAGUGCCUGCGCGAGAAGGAUUUGGAGCUCUUGGAGGAAGCGCCAGAAGAAGCCUUGGAAGGAGAACAAGUGCAAGAGCAGCAGCAAGAAGCUGAGCAGGAGCAAGAGCAAGAGCAGGAGCAGGAACAAGAACAAGAAGAGGAGCAGGAAGUGAUACGCGAAGACGUGGGGCACGAAAAGUUUGCGAAGAUCGACAAGACGCAGAAUCCCUGGAAAUUGGCAAGUUUGGGCCAAGGGCCAGCCUCAUCUGCUGCGCCCUUCUACCCACUUCUGGACUUUGCUGCCCAUCCAGGGCUCAUGGGCGGCGAGCCGCAUUUGUUAAAAGAGAUGCCCAGCUAUUUGAUGAUGAGCGAGAAUCAUUAUCGGAAGGCAUGGCGUAUUCAGUCCACGAGGAGAUUGCGAAAUGUCAUCUGUAUUUUGGAGUGGGUCCCUGAUGAACAACAAUUGUCGCCUUUGGAGGUGCCAUAUGAGCUUUCGCAAGACCAACUGGACUGGCUUCGCCUGAUCUUCGCCGUGUACAGCGGCGCUUCCGUGGUGGAGGACGGCAGCCGAAUCACUGGGGAAGUGCUUCAGAAGUUCUAUGGCUCCUGAGGCUUGGAACCGUUGGCACCCGAGGCGAACUCGCAGAGUGUGAGCUUUCAACAGUUGCGGAGGGCCAUUGCGUCACAAUCCUUGUACCAAUAUGAACAGGGCAGAUACUUUGUGGCCUUAUCACUGGAAGAAGGACAACAUUUGCGAGCUGCCAUUCAUCGCUUGAGUUUGGAUCAGGUAGCUCCGGUGUUGCCUGCCAGCUGCAGCUUAGCUUUGCGCAUCCUUCCCUCCUCCCCGCGACACAGCAGCUGUCACCUGCUGGCCUCCCUGGGAUCCUACGCAAGGCACGGCUAUCAGUUGCAGGCUGCAGAGCAAUGUUUCCACUUCACCAACUGUGAUUCCCUACCUCCCCAAGCACAGCUGGUGCUGCUGCGCGUGCUGCGCUCGGCGCCCUUGGAGAAGCGACGCUUGUGGUGGGAAGACCUGCGUCGCUGCCGGCGCCGGCAGCGCGACGUGUGGAAGAGG